ACCUUUCGAUCAGAGCAAAAGUGAUUUAAUUUUAAAGCAUGUUCUCUUCUUGUGUAGCUAAAUUUGUAUUUCUGUUAUUCUUGUGCGAAUUUGGUGUUUCAUAUGGAUUUUUGCAUUACAAUGAUAGUAAUUCAGAAGAUAGAAGUACUCUUUGGCCUUCAAAUGAUAGCCAAUUGAUAUUUGCGCAUGUUAUCUAUCGUCAUGGUCAUCGAAAUACCAUUAGUUAUCCAGGACUGUAUCCAAAUGACCCAUAUAUUAAUGAAACUCAUUGGCCUGGUGGAUUUGAAGCACUCACAAAUGAAGGUAAAAGACAACAAUUCAAAUUGGGACAAUAUUUCCGAAGAAGAUACAACAAGCUUCUUGGCGAUAAAUAUUCACCAAAAAGAGUGUACGUACGUUCGACUGACAAAGAUCGUACUUUGAUGUCGGCACUUGCCAAUUUAGCAGGUUUAUUUCCACCACACGCUGAAGAGAAAUGGCAUGAGGAUAUUGCAUGGCAACCGAUUCCAGUUCACACAAUGCCUUUGAAUUUGGACUAUGCAUUGCGUGGACCAGGUGAUUGUCCAAGAUAUUCUGCCGCUCUCAAGAAAUACAAAAAUGAAUCACCAGAAUUGCAGCGAAUUCUUAAAGAAAAUGAAGAAAAUAUCUUGUACUGGUCGAAAAUGUGCGGAUCGAAUCUAACUACCAUUGAAGAGAUUAGCCAGUUAUAUGGGAUACUCAUUGUUCAAAAAGAACAUAAUAAAACGCUCUCCGAUUGGGCACGAAAAGCAAUCGAACCAAAUGGUGCUUUGGGGUCCAUUGCUUUUUUUCGAUUUAAAAUGAGAUCGAAUACUAAAGAAUUGGCUCGAUUGUGGUCUGGAUUUUUUAUUAAAGAGAUGUUUGAACGUUUCGCUCAAAAGAUAAACUCAACUUUGGAGCCAAAUCGUUCAUUGUGGUUCUACUCAGUGGGUGAUAAUACGAUUGUUGGUCUACUGAAUGGCCUCGGACUUUUAGAGCCACCUUUACCACCAUUUGCAUCGAGUGUACACUUGGAAUUAUACAAAGUUGGCGAAAAAGAGCACUACAUUCAAAUCUUCUACAGAAAAUCGGGUGAAGAAAUCCUUCUGCCAUUGAAUAUACCGAAUUGCGGGGAAAAGUGUUCUCUGGAUCAAUUGUACAAAUUGUACAAUGAUAUUAUACCUGAUCGUGAUCAUGACACUGAAUGCCGUCUUACCAACUAGAUACGGCUGAAAAUGUUCAAUGAAAUUAUUUUGAUAAAGUAUUUUGAAAUGAACCUAUAAUUGAAAUGAAUUAUAAUCUAAAUCAUAGAUGAAUGCUCUUGAAUAAAAAAAAAUUCGACGAACCAUCUAAACAUCAGAAACAUAAA